AUGAGCUUUCCGAGAUAUCCCGCCCCUCUCUCCUUCAUCCCCGCCGAGGAAGCCGCCAAAUUGGCGAAAAAGACCGAAACUGAUGGAUUCUACUACGACCAGGCCGAUGGUUUCUACUACGAUGGAUUCUACUACGAUGGUUUUGCCCGAGACAACGGCUUUUACUACCAAAAUCAGCAGAAGCAGCAGGUGAGCCAGUAUCAGCAGGGAUUCUACUACAAUCAAGAAGAGAAAAAAUGGCAAGAUCGACAGGACAGCGGUGACGCUGGAUUCGCUGCCGAGUGGCAGGAAAACGAAAACAGCAAGAAAGCUCUUGACGCUGCCACUAAGGAAGCGACCAAGAUCGCCGAAACCUUCGCGAUCAAGAACAAGCACGCUCCCAACAAGACCCAGGGUCGAAUUCUCGCCCAACUCGCCGCCGAGCGACUCGCCUACGAAGCAUCCGAGAUCUUCAUGAACGAGACUGCUCCUGAUGGUGAUAUUACUUCCGAGGACAUUCGACAGAAGCUCUUUGAAAUGGUCGUUGAUGCUCUCGUCAACUAA